UAAUUGGAUAUCAUUGUAUUGAAACUCAUCUUUAUUGUUUGUGAUACACAUCCUAAGUGGAAGAAAAGAAAAUAUGUAAGAUUAAUUUGUAUAUUAGAUGGACUUACGUUUUUUUGUCAACAUAGAUUUCCAUAAUUUAUUGAAGACAAGUCGUUUAGGCUUUCCAUCUAAACUUACAAAGCAAGUAAAGUUUGUCUUAUGUGGAAUUUCAAGUCAGCAAUGUACAGCUUCAACUUAUUUUCUUCCUCAAACUAAUAGGUCAUGGUCAUGGUCAUGGUCAUGGUCAAUCUCAAUUCUCAUGUGAGUAUGUGUAUAGUAUUGGUUAUGUGAUCACCUGUGUUCAAAGUGAUUGAACUAUUAAAUUUUUAUGGUCAACUUUGUUAGGGGAAUUUGGCCCAAUACCCUUGUUUUAAAGGCUUUAAUGAAAACUACCCACCCGUUUCCAACCCUUUUUGUUUUACCCUUCUAUUUUUAAAAUAUCCCCACAUUACCCUUUUCAAAUGUGAAAAGGAAGAAUGAAGAUGUAAGGUUACACCAUUUUUCCCCUAAACGGAGCACGAAUAAGAAGAGGAAGAGAAAGUGAACAAGAAUGGCGAAGUGUUUUGGGACAAUGGGAGUUUUUCCUUUUGUACCCUCUUGGCUUAGUUAGCUCUUGCUUCAGGUGUAAGUGAAGUUAAAAAUAUCUCUUCCUUUUCGGUAAGCUCAGUACUCGAGGGAGGAUCAGAGAAUCCACUCUUUACGUUAGGGCUUCUUCGUUGAGUAGACGUCUCGAGGGAACAAACCAGACAAAAUCGGUUUUUUUAGUAAAAACUCUUGGUUUUGGCUUUCUCUUGCUGUUGCGUAAGUCGGAAUUCCAAAUGAAUCGAAAACAUGUUCAGCAGACAGAUCAGAAAAGAGAGGAGGAGUGAGUGGAGGAAGCAUCCAAGGCUCAGCAAUCAACUCUGCCAUGCCCUUCUCGAUCUUGGCCUCGGAGUCGGCGAGCAGGUCUACAACAAACUCCUCCUUCCUCUUCUUCUUCUGCUUCUUCUUUUUCUCACCACUCUUCUCAUUCCUCUGCUUCUCACUGACUCAUUGAGACAACUAAAACAAUAACCUCAUCAGGUGACGAUGAUCAUUCAGCCCCCUUAAAUCUUCUUUUACUUUUUGUUCCAUUUAGUUUUUUGGGUCUGCUUUUAUUUUUGUUUUUAUUAGCUGUUAUGGAAAUUUUGUUGAUUAUUACAAUUGAAAAUAUUAAGUUAAUGGAUCUUAUAGAUGGCAUAUAAUAAUUAUUAAUUACUGAACUUGUUUUUACAAUGCUGUUAUUUUUGGGUUUUAUUAUUUGGGGCCAAAAUCAUAUGCAUUUUAACUGUUUGUUGAUAUGUUUUAUUGGGUUGCGUGUGUGUGGUGGAAAUUAUAUAAUGCUUUUGCUUAUACAAACGAAAAGAAAAUUUUAGUAGUGAAGAUAUUCCAUAACCUGUUCUGUUAAAGUCUUGGAUGUGUCUAUAUGCUCAGAUCUUCCUAAGAUCUUAUUAUUGGCUAUUUCCUAUACGUCAAUUACAAAUUUCAAUCUUCAGUUUCUCUAAUCUAAGAAAAUUUUAUCAUAUAUAAAUACAUGAUAUGUUGAUAUACUUUUAAUUGGUAUUUUAAGAUGAUGGAUCUGUUGUAUGUAUAUUUUCUCUUUUUGGAAGUAAUGCCCAAGAUGGACAUUUAGCUACUGGUCGUAAUGGUGUAAAGCGCCUCAAAACUAUAAGUUCUCAUCUGUUUUACUCUUUGAUGUGGACAUGUGCCAAUCCUGUUUAUCACCGUCUUGAAAGAAAAUCAAAAGAUUUGUCGCUGCUACAACACAACUAUUAUAAGAGCAGGAAGUGCUGAUGAAGCUUGAGCAAACUCUGAGGAGAAUGCAAGUCAGUGCUCAGUUAGAUCGUGUGAACUUGCUUGAGUUCCAGUAGAUGGUGAUAUGCCAACGUCAAGAAAUGAGAAAUUUAAAAGAUUUGUGUCCAUGGAAUAGAACUUUCAUGCGGAUGAGUCAUGUUGCACCUUUUAAAGGAUGCAUGGUGGGUGGAAUUGAUUCUUCCAUUGAAGAGAUAUGCAAGCCAACCAUUGGCGGUUCAAUGCAGUUGAGAAAUGGAAAGGCAGUUGGCCUAGUUCCAAAUGAUUUAAAACCAGGGGAUAUGCAAGAAGGGAACAAGGAUUUUGUUGGAGAGUUAUCAGUAACCAUUGUGGACGCUCAAAAGCUUUGUUAUUUCUUCUAUGGUAAAACUGAGUCUUUAGAUCCAAAAACAACUAUUCUUGUACCUAAAGAUAGAUAUGGACUUCACGCAGUUGAUACAUUGGAUCCUGACAUGGAGAAACUUCCAGAUUUCCUUUGCAGAUAUUUCUUACUGUCCUAAUUUUGGAAGAUUACCUGCAUCCUUCUAGAAUCCCAAACCUAUUGUUGAUAUCCUCAACAAUUCCUUCCUUCUAUCUUGCCAGUUUUGGUGUUUUUGUUGUUCAAAGUGUAAUCUGAAAUAUUUAUUCCAGUUCAAACUAAAGCUCAAAUAACCAAUUCUAAUGGCAUCUUAUGGAGUACAUGUAGGCAACACCAAGAUUUUUUAUAUUGCCAAUCUUAUUAAGUGGCAUCUUUAACAAUUUAUUUAUUUGCAUGCUUUAACUAGUUGGUUUAUGCAGACAAGUUUCACUUUGAACUAUAUGUCUCUCACGAUAACUUCAUGUAAGAUUCUCUAAUAAAAAUUUUCAAUCUUUCACACUUAACAUGGUAAUGUUGCCAACCUGUUAACCUCACUAGUAUAUGUAGGAAAUUGACAAUAAAGCUCUGCCUCCUAGAGUUGAUUACUUUACAUUUUGAAAGGUAGAGGAUGUGGUUAGCUCUUAGCAGCAUGCUAGAAAAGGGUUUUGUCUUAGGCAAAAUUGCAAUCAACAAAGCAAACAACUUUGAUGACGGACACCUAUUGUCUUCAACAUGUUGCCUUCUUUUGAUUAAAAUAGAGGGAAAAAAAGUUCACUGAAAAAAUAAGUGAUGGUGAUUGGAGUGGAUCAGAAAUUUCAGGUUUUCAGAGAAGGAAAAAAAAAUUGAACAGCCUUUGCAACUGCAGAGCAUAAAAGUUACUAGCGCAGGUUCUGCCUCAAUGAAGAAUGUUUUAUUUUCUGGAGCUUCUUGGGUUGUAGGUGCUUUAAAUAAGAUUAUGAAACCAGCCAAAAAAUUGAGGAGAAAGUAGAAAAGUGAUUGAAUAGGAACAAAAAGAAGAAAAAUGGCAUAAAAUUGUGCUUAAGUUUAUCCAUCUGAAUCUACACCAAGCAAGGAUUAGCCAUCUAAGGAUGAACCUACUCAAGGUUUGAUGCUGAGAUAUGGUCUGGCAAAAUAAAUACUUUUUAGCAUUUGUAUUAAGUUCUACUUAGAUGUGGCCCUUUUCUAGGCCAUUGGGUGAUUGAUGAGAGUUCAUCUAUGCCUUUGGAUGUGACAAUUUCCUAUAAUAUACUGAUGUUUAUUUCUC